AUGGGAGAUAAAUCCUCGGAUAAAUCUUGUUGUGAAUUAGUAAAGUAAGUACAAUUUAGAAUUCACUAAAAAAGUGCAUUUAAUAGUCAGUGUCAGAGAUAUUUAUAGUUUUGUAUUUAAUUAUGUUUUGUUCACUUUGUUAUUCACUUGGCUCAUUGUUUGCCUUUAUAUCUUUUGUCAGCACGAAAAAUACUGCUACAAGAAACAAGUAAGUCGUGUGGGUUAACGCAUAAUUUGAAUGGAGUUUAAAUUUGUAAUUCUUUUACAAGGAUAUUCUAUUGUUUUCUAUUGAAACCAUUUCGUCUUGAUUUGUAUGAUUUUAUAUAAAGACAGUGUUUGUUUAAUAUAUUUAUACUGAUUAAAGUGAUUAUGUCAUUAUAUGAAGCAUUAGAAAGUUUAGAUAUCAAAAAGAAUAAAUAACUAAUUAAUAUAUGAACAAUUCAGUUUUUAUCUCAUUUUGAUGGCAAUUAAAUCUACAUGUAGCUUAUUAAACACCAGGUUAACUUAAAAUUCAAAGCAAUCUUCCCAAAAUAUUGUCUACAAAUUUUGAAAUAUUUCUUCAGAGAUCUUUUCUGAAUCAGUAGGAGUUGUUUUAUCUGAGGUUUUGAAAUAAACAGAUGUGCAGAAAUACAUAAACUAAAACAGCAGAUCAAAUUUCAACUAAGGUUUAGGGUUAAUCCACCUUAGUAAUCCACCUUAGGGUUAAUCCACCUUAGUGUUGGCCAAGUAUUCAGCCCAGCUUUUAACAUUAAAACAAAAACAUUUAGAUAUUAUAUUUUAUACUUUUCCAUUUAGUGGCACAUUUCGCUGGGAUGAUGCCAAAGACAAAAUACUUCUAAGAGAAGUUCGUGUGGUGGAACCGUAUAUAUGGAAGGGUGGCAGCAAACAGGCUGGGCAAGGAUGGACCGAGACUGCAAAAUUG